UUAACUCUCCUGUGCCAUCUAUUAGGUUAGGUGUUGUUGUCAAAUUGGCAAUAUCAUUUUAACAUUUUGUUCAAAAAAAAUUCGAAAAAUAGUCAAAAUGAACUGAUUCCGGGUGCGUAAACAUAUUAUUAUGUUAGCUGUUCAUCAGGAUGUUCUUAAUAUCGUGCAGGCAAAGUUUUUGUCUGCAGAGAUAGUAAAAAGUAUACACUUAAACGUGUUUACUUUGGAUGGGACUAACAAUGAAGAAAAUAGGAUUUUGGCUUUGGUAGAAUACAAUAGAACCUUCGCUUUAUUUGUAUUAAUUUCAGCUAGAAAAAAACCUGUCAGUAUUUCAGACCUCUCUAUAGAAACAGUUUUCCCAAUAGAUCAAUAUUUUUCUUGUGACACAGAACCAAUAGGUAACAGCCAAAGCCAUAUCAUUUUUAUUAUAUCUUACAAAAAACUCAAGCUGCAGUUCAAAAUUGAAAUAGGAUUAGAGAGUUCCAAUUUCGCUUCUGAAGUUAUACGUUCGAAAGAAGUUUCUUUGUAUAAUCAGCCUGUGUUUGUAUGGCUUGACAAGUAUAUGGGCACGAUGAUACAAUCAAACAGAAAUUCUGAUUUGGGAGAACAAUCGGAUACACCAAUAAUAAGACAACGAAUCCCUCAGGGACAGACAGCUAUAAACCGUGAAUCUAUGCUAAAAUAUCAGUUGAAAUUGAAGGAACCAGAAUACACACAAAAACAAGAGUUCACUAUUUUUGUUGGGACAUGGAACGUCAAUGGACAAGCUCCUUCAGUGUCAUUAAAGCCCUGGCUGAGUUUUGAUGACAAACCUCCGGAUUUGUAUGCAAUAGGUUUUCAGGAAAUCGACCUUAGUAAAGAAGCUUUUCUUUUUAAUGACACCCCACGUGAGGCUGAAUGGCAGAAAUUUGUGAUGGAGGGAGUACACCCAAAAGCAAAAUACCGCUUGGUAGCUUUAGCGAGACUUGUCGGCAUACAACUCGCAGUCAUGGUUAACAGUCAGCAUUAUCAGUUUGUUAAAAAUGUUUCUCUUGACACUGUCGGGACUGGAUUGUUAGGAAAAAUGGGAAACAAAGGAGGGGUAGCUGUUAGGUUAGAACUACAUAACACAUCGCUGUGCUUCGUUAACUGUCAUUUAGCAGCGCACGUUGAGGAGUAUGAAAGGAGAAACCAGGACUAUAAAGACAUCAACGCAAGGAUGAACUUCAAGAAGAAUCCACAAGCAAUAAAAGAUCACGACCAGGUGUACUGGUUAGGAGAUCUUAAUUAUAGAAUAACAGAUCUUACUACAACUCAGGUAAAAACGCUUUUGUCAAGGCAAGAGAUAACGACUCUAUUGAAGGCAGAUCAGCUCAAUCAGCAGAAGGAGCGUGGAAAUGUGCUUUUGGACUAUGUAGAAGGUGAUAUAAAAUUCCAACCUACCUACAAAUACGACUUGAACACAGACAUAUACGAUACCAGUGAAAAGGCAAGGCCUCCAGCAUGGACAGAUAGGAUUCUCUGGAGAGGCAAAGGGAUAUACCAGGCGGAAUACCGUAGUCAUAUGGACCUGAAAAUCAGUGAUCACAAGCCAGUUAGUGCCUUGUUCAAGUCAGAAAUCAGCGUGGUGGACCCGAUCAAGUUCAGGAGGAUCCACGAGGAUUUAUUGAAGAAGAUGGACAAGCACGAGAAUGAAUUUUUGCCGCAGGUGACCAUUGAUCAGACGGAGGUUGUAUAUGAUGUGAUCAAAUUCAGGGAGGUGCAGUCUAAAGAAAUCAUCAUCGCCAACACUGGAGUGGUUCCGGCAGAGUUUGAGUUCAUAAAAAAAUUGGACGAGGCCAACUACUGCAAAGAUUGGUUGCGUAUCAUUCCAUACUGCGGUAGUAUUAAUCCGGGUGAAAAGUGUGAUGUAAAGCUAGAGGUGACUCUCGAAUCAAGCCUGGAGAAAAUCUACGAUAUCUUAGUGUUGCACUUGAAGGGUGGCAAGGAUAUGUUUAUAAUUGUUAGCGGUGAAUGCCAAAAGUCUUGCUUUACCAGCUCAAUAUCUGCAUUGUGCCGCAUUCCUGUACCUGUUAUGCAGCUGUCCGACGAGCAGUGGAAAAUGGCGGAAAACAAUGAAUCACCAGUGUUAUAUUCUGUACCUCGCGAACUGUGGCUGCUAGUCGAUCAUUUAUACAGACACGGUUUGAAGACUAGAGAGUUAUUCGAUUCUACAGCCUUGCAUGAAGAAAUGAUCCGAGUCAGAGAUUGGUUAGAUUUUGGUUCUUUAGAUAACUUACCUGGAACAAUUCACGCAGUGGCAGAGAGCCUGCUCUUGUUCCUGUCUUUCACCAAAGACCCCGUAAUUCCGUUCGAGUUGCACGAUGUUUGUAUAGCAGCCGCCAGUAAUUUCCAGAACUGCAGACAGUUGAUUUUGCAAAAAGUAAAUGACCUGCACCGCAACGUGUUUCUAUACAUAUGCAUGUUCUUGCAAGAAUUGCUGAAGUACUCCAACGACAACGGUUAUGAUGCCAAGACUCUAGCUUCACUAUUUGGAGAUAUUCUCCUCAGAGAUCAGAUCCGCAAUUCCAGACCUCAAGCCAGCCGGGGCAAAUCGAACUUCGUUUACAACUUCCUCGUGAACGAUUUAAGCUCAUCUAUUAUUCCCCAUAAGUAGGUAGUGUGUAGGUCUUUUUGUAUAUAUUAUUUAUUUUUCCAAUUAUAUAGUUUAAAUUUCCACUAAUUGCCAGUAUUUUUUAUAGCUAUGUAACGAUUAGGAGCAGUGUUGAACAAAUAAAUAUAAGAGAUCAAU